UAUAUAAACCCACAAAAUAUCUCUUGCGCUGUGUAAUGUGUUCGUGAAUAGUUUAUAAAAUCUAAACCAAAAUGGAAGGUGGUGGCAUUAAGUCAACUUUUCCAUCGUAUUAUGAAAUUCUCGGCGUCGCCGUGGAUUCCUCGGCGGAGAAGAUACGGCGAGCUUAUCACAAGCUAGCUAUGAAAUGGCAUCCUGAUCGGUGGACGAAAGAUCCUUUGAGAUCUGUAGAAGCAAAACGAAGAUUCCAGCAGAUUCAAGAAGCUUAUUCAGUGUUAUCGGAUCAAAGAAAACGAAGUAUGUACGAUGUGGGACUCUACGAUACUGAAGAAGAUGAGGGGUACUUUGAUUUUGUUGAAGAGAUGGUUUCACUCAUGGCUCAGACGAGAAGAGAGGAAAAGCAAUACAGCUUGGAGGAGUUGCAGACAAUGGUCAAUGAUAUGGUUUACGAGUUCCAAUCAGAACCCUUGUUCCAGAACGGACCAAUGGAUAUGAAAUUUGACUUGAACCAACCGGUAGAUUGGCCUUAUUAGAUGUCUUUACCAGUUUCAAGCUUCGACUUCUGUCCUCAGAGCAGCUACUGUAAUUAGAUCCGAAAUACUCAAAUAUUUCGAGUUUGCAUCCCACGGACUAAUGGUUGAAGAAUCACUGUCCUGCUUGGCCUCAAAAUCUCACACUUCUGUGAUAAGACAGACGUUUUUUUGACUUGUGGGACAAGAAACGAAAAUGGCUCUAGGUUUUUUUUUUUCCCAAGUUUUGCUGUUGUUAACAAGUACCCUUGAAAUUGUUAUCAGGUUUAAAAAGCAUAGGUUUGUAAUUGCUUUUUCUCUAAUAUACUGUUAGAGCUUGUUGUUAUCCAAAAACAAAUGGCAUUUGGAAUGUCUUUUUACAAAACAGAAAAGAAGAAAGAUAAAAAUGGCAAAUGUAGC